AAACCCGUUCUGAGCCAUGCCGGGUCCAAAGGACCCCAUCACAGUAGCAGCGUUACCCCGCUGUAUAGCGAUGGAGAUAUGUUGGACAAGCCAUAACUCAGAACGGGGGUCAUUUCCUUUCUCCCUGAGUCGCUUGCCAAGCUCUCGGAAGAGCUCACGCGCCUCCCGCCCCCAGGGCUGUCUCGACGGCGACGGGCACGAAGUCGUAGGUGGCUUCCAAGGCAGAGUAUUUCAGGCGCUUACUUUUGGCGGCAGUCUCUCUCUCUCUUUUGUUUGAAAUACAGGAACAAAAACCGAUCCCAAGUAAAUGAAAGGUUGGGAUUCCCAACUUUUCAUUUACUAUAGGUUUUUUCACUGUUUUAUAUGGCAACAUUAAAGUAAACACAUAGUGCCAACAUUGCCAAUCGUGAUCUAUCACUCUGACAUCAGACCAAGGUCUUUUCUGUCAUUCUUGAAUUACUGAAACACAAUUUAGUUUUAAAGACACGCUGAAUUUGUUUUUAUUGAUAUAUUCAUUAAAAAAAUGACUCACAGGAUAUUAGAACUAUACAGUGGUAUUGGGGGCAUGCAUUGUGCCUGGAAAGAUUCUGGUAUACCAGGGACAACAGUCGCCGCAGUUGAUAUAAAUACUGUUGCUAACGAUGUCUACAAACACAACUUUCCUGAGACUAAUCUUCUGAACCGAAAUAUCCAGUCAAUCAAACCAGAAGAAAUAAAGAAGAUGAACAUUAACAUAAUACUUAUGUCUCCGCCAUGUCAACCUUUUACAAGAAACGGAAAGUUUCUAGACAAGAAUGAUCCAAGAACUAACUCUUUUACAUACUUACUGGAUAUACUGAGCCAGUUGGAUAGUGUAGAGUACAUCUUAAUGGAAAAUAUGAACAGGCUUCCAAAAGAUUAUGAUGACCCAUUUAUGCUUAGUGAAAUAAUUGAAGAAAAUGUGCCAGAGAGGUACUUGAUAUCUGACAAGUUGCUAAAAAGGGCCAAUAUUUUUGACAUAUGCUACAAAGACUCCAGAAGGUCAUGCUGUUUCACAAAAGCAUACACACAUUAUGUUGAAGGCACUGGUUCUGUAUUCACAGAAGCAAGUCCAGAAACAGUAGAUAACUGUUAUAAAGAGGCAAAUACUCAUGAAGUUGGCAGCCCUGAUUUUGUCAGUACUCUAAAAGACCUCAAGCUAAGGUUUUUCACUCCAAAAGAAGUGUCACAGCUCAUGGCUUUUCCUAAAAGCUAUGAGUUUCCAAAAAACAUAUCAAUAAAGCAGUGCUACAGAUUAUUAGGUAAUAGUGUGAAUAUCAAAGUGAUAUCAGAGUUAUUAAAGAUAUUAGUAGACUGA